CUUAAUCAAGGAGUCAUGAUGAAGAGCGUAGUGGCUUUGCUGUUAUUGGCUGUCCUUGCCACGGGACAGGCCAUUUCCUUCAACAAGAUUUUGGAUGCAGAGUGGUUUAUUUUUAAGACGCAUCAUAAAAAGGUCUACCAAUCUCCGAUCGAGGAGGGAUAUAGAAUGAAAAUCUUCUUAGAUAACACACGCAAGAUCGCCGAACAUAAUCGCAAAUAUGAGAUGAAGGAAGUUCCCUACAAACUGGGAAUGAACAAAUAUGGAGAUAUGUUGCAUCAUGAAUUUGUCAGUACUUUGAAUGGUUUCAAUAAGUCAGUGAGUGCUGGAAUAGAGUCUGUGGGAGCAUCUUUUAUCUCGCCAGCUAACGUCGAAUUGCCAAGAGAGGUCGAUUGGAGGAAACAUGGUGCUGUCACGGCAGUUAAGGAUCAAGGACACUGUGGAUCCUGCUGGGCUUUUUUGCAGACUGGGUCUUUGGAAGGACAACAUUUCAGAAAUACUGGCGUUUUAGUGUCGCUAAGCGAACAAAACCUGGUCGACUGUUCUGGCAAAUACGGCAACAAUGGAUGCAAUGGUGGUUUGAUGGAUCAGGCAUUCCAAUAUGUCAAAGACAACAGAGGCCUCGAUACUGAGAAGAGUUACCCAUAUGAAGCGGAGAAUGACAAGUGCAGAUACAAUCCGAGAAACAGCGGCGCUAUCGAUGUCGGAUACGUAGAUAUUCCACAAGGAGAUGAGGAGAAGCUAAAGGCUGCGGUUGCCACCGUAGGCCCGGUCUCGGUCGCUAUUGAUGCCUCUCAUCCUUCCUUCCAGCUUUAUCGCGAAGGAGUGUAUUAUGAUCCCGACUGCAGUGAAGAAAGUUUAGACCAUGGCGUGCUGGUCGUCGGCUAUGGUACGGACGCGGAGAUCGGCCAAGAUUAUUGGCUGGUAAAGAACAGUUGGGGCGAAACAUGGGGUGAAAACGGUUACAUUAAGAUGGCCAGAAACAAGAACAAUCACUGCGGUAUAGCAACCAGUGCCAGCUAUCCACUCGUUUAACUCUCGUUAGUGGCCAACUAUUUAGCGCGUUGUGAUCCGCUGAAACAUGACAGAUGUGCUUAGGGACCUAGAAAAGUUUCGCGAUUUUUACACAAAAAAAUUUUAUGCAGUUCCCGUUGUGUCACAAUUUCUUUAAAAUCGUUUUUAGCGUAGAACAUAAUUGGUAGAAUUUCUACAUUAUUCCUUCCUUACUGCUCUACGAAAGGAAUUGUAGUUUUCACAAGAUGUUUUAUGGUUUUCCAAACUUUCUUAGGUCUCUAUGUAAUUAAUUGCUCUUGAAUAAAGACAAAAGAGAAACAUUCGCGAAAAUUUCGAAGAAUACGAGCCUCGAAGGUGGCGAUUCGUCGUUCAUCGCUUCAAUAUGUUUAAUUUAGAGAUAAUUGUGAACGUGUUGUCUUAGGUAAUAUUUAAUCUGUAUUUUUUAUCCACAUUUAGAAUGAUACUAUUGCCUGAAAUAUUUUCUUACAAUUAGUAUCUCAAGACAAAGAAUCCCAGAUAGAAAUGCAUGAUGAUGAUAUUUCGUCAUGUCAGGAUCUUAUACUGAUUGAAAUUUGUUGCAUUUAUUGUAAUCAUUCUGUGAUGACACAUGUUAUGAAAAAAAAAUAACACGUAAGGACAAACCACGACAACUAUGAAAUAUCAUCAUCAUGUAUUUCUACUUAGGACAUUAUUUUAUUUAAACUUUGUCUUCUACUAAAGUUAUAAAACCAAUAAACGAUAGGUCUAAUUAAACCGUUUUAAGAAAUUAUUACGCAUGUAUUUUGGAUAAUAUGUUCCAAAAUUAAGCCGUUGUUCAUUAAGGAAGUUGAUCUCUAUUUUGUACAAAACAUGGGAAAUAAAGAGAUUCUUAAUAAUCAA